AUGAGCGUCGUUGCGGAGCCAAAAGCUUUCAAGGUACUCCAGAGACUGCUGGAUGUGGGCAUCUCCUUCAGGGCAGACCAGGAAGGGCUCACGGCGCUUCACUAUGCUGCGUUUGUAGGGUCAGAAGAAGCCGUUGGAUCUCUCUUAGCUGCACGAGCUUCAGUCGAUGCAUUGGCUCAGAAAGGGGUCACUCCCUUGAUGCUUGCGGCGCUUACUGGGAGUUUAUGCUGCUCUCGUCGCCUUUUGUCGUGUGGCGCAGAUGCUUCCAUCACAGAUGAUUAUGGUCAAACAGCAGCCAUGUGGGUCUGCCUUGGUUGUGGAGAACCUCCAUCUCGCAGCGGUCGCCAAAGGCUGCUGAAUAAUGGGCCAGAAGAGUUCAAAGCAAUGAUGGGGAUUAGCAAUGGCUUGCACGAGGCCUUGGACCGCAGACGAUCGAGAGGUGUGGCAGAGCCAUGGGGUGGACCUGACCGGCGUGAGCUUCUGGGUGAGUUGGUGGAUCGCCUUUGCGGCUGCUUCGAAGCAGCUUCUCCUCGAUCCCCACGCGGGUCUCCAACGCGGCAAGCGGUGACCGAACGAUGGCUGCCUCUCUUAAGAGAGGCUUCCAAGCCUGGCCCCGUGCGUUGCGGAUGCUUUGCAGAAGUGUAUGCAAGGCUGCGAAGAAGUCAAGGUUUAUACAUCCCGUUGCUCGGAGCGAUCCUCCGGACCACCAUCGAUCAGGGCCGCCACUGGGGGGAGCAGCUCUGCCUGAUGCUUUUAAGAGAAGCAGGGGAACUCCCUGUCACUGGUCGGCUUCCAGACGGUCGUUCAAUCGUAGAAAAGGCGUUGGACCUUGGCUGGGAUGCAGUGGCCUUGAUGCUCUUUGACCGCGGUGCCUCCCUUGAUAGCGACCUGGCUGCACAGGCCCGUGCACUACGCGCAGCUGUGGAGGGUGGACAUCGUGAGUUGGCAAAGCGGUUGGUGGGGCAGAUGGCGGAAGACCGGGAUGCCUGGGCCAGGCCUGCGGCACCCGAGGCAGAGGGACUGGCUGAAUGCCCGGUAUGCUUCAGAGCACUCUGUGAGGGUGGUCCAGCUGUCCUUUUCGAUGCCGGUGGUCGUCGGGUUUGCGGGCAUUUCCUUUGUGCUGCAUGCGCCACGGAGCUUUCCCUCCAAUCUGCCGCACCCCGUUGCCCCGUGUGCCGUCAGCAGUUUCAACCGCCCCCAACCCGGCCACCAGAUCCUCGAGAGGAUCCUGCAGCUUGGUUUGCCUUCUUCGAUGAAGAUGGCUCUGGGUACCUUGAGCGCCAACUCUUAGAGAAGGUAUUGCCUGCAGUGGUGCCCGUCGAUGCUAGCAAGCUCGAGGCCUCUUUACGAGGUUCCCUUUGGAGCGAAUGGGACCCUGCUGGUGAGGGCCGGGUCUCCCGGAAGGCCUUCUGCGCAGAACGUGGCCUGCUGCGAUGGCUAGCUGAACACUUGGAGGAAUUGCAGGAAGAGAGGGAAAAGGGUCCACCUCCUCCGCUGGAGCAAGACCGCGAAGGAUGGUUUCGACACUGGACAAGUCCCGGAACGAAUGAGAUGGGCAAGGCGGACGUUUUGCGUGCUGUCUUGAAAUCCUGUGGGACGAGCUCUUUGGAAGCGUCGGCAGUCGCUGCCAGUCGAGAAUGGAUUGAACGAUGCUGGUUGCUUUGGGAUAGAGACAAGUCAGGAAGAAUAUCAUUAAAGGAUUUUUGUGCAGAUGGUGGCCUGGCGGACAUGAUGCUGCAACAAAGCACACUGGCUGCCGCCAAGCGCGUGGUGCGCCGCAUGGAGCUGGAAGUACAUGACCCUGCGGCCUUGGUUGCAUGUUGUCAGCAGCUGGUGGAGUGUUCAGUUGGCAUUCGCCCGGAGGACGCGGUGGAAACGUGGCCCGGCUCCGCCUGCCGGCGGCUGCGAGAACGUGCCGUACAGCCUGCGCGUGAGGAAUUUGAAGGUGUCUUAGCAUCGGGUGUGCAGCAAGUGGUCUUGGCGAUGCAACGGAAUCCGAGCAGCGCCAAACUUUUUGCCUGGGGUUGCAGGGCCUUUGCCGCUUUGGCGCUCCGCCCUCCUCCGCCACCUCUAGAUGCACAUUCGGGCGCUUCGGCGGACAACAACUACUGCGCAGGAAGCAGCAACAAUUGCACAGCGAGCCAGCCAACACUGGACAAGUUCUUCAUGCUUUUGGACAGCAGCAUAGCGAGUGAAAGAGGCAGCCGGCGAUCUCUGAGCGCAGAAGGGGCGGCUGCCGUCCUGGGCAGCGAGGUGCCUCUUUGGCUCUUCGUCAUGCGCAGCUUUCUGGCCCUGGUCCCUCGAGAGGAUGCCUCUGCCAAGAGCGGAGUGCCCAUUGCUCCUGGUGCGCUCCGGGAGUCUGGGCUUUGUGCCUUGGGGGCUAUGCGACUGCUUUGCGAUCAUGCGGAUGCGUCCAAUGCAGCUAUGAAGGAGAUUUUGCGGACUCUCCCGGGCGCUCCCGCAGCCUUGUUAGCGUGGGCUGCGAGCGCCUUCACGGUGCUCAGCUGUGAUGGGCGCCAUUUGGCGGAAAUGGUCUUGCAGGCAUCAAUGUCAAUGAACUCCAAGAGGGCCAGUUCAGAGUCGCUGCUGCCAAGUCUCAGCAACUUGCUACUGGCGGCAGCAAGUGGUGUCAGGCAGAUGGCAGGUCCUCCACGCCCACCUUCAACACCAGCAGCUGCAGAGUUUGCUUGUGGUUUGUUAUCAAGCCUCCGCAAGUUGCCAGCAGCGGCGCGCAAUGGGGCUGGCGGUGGCAGUACAGCACCCGAUGGCAACUCCCGCGGUAGGGCAACCCUUCGCGAUGGGCAUAUUGCUGUUGGCGAUGUGGUGAGGCUUCAUAACGAUCUGGAGCGUGCGAAGAGGGAGCAGGAACCACCAGAGCAUUUUGGAGGCUGGUGCGACAGGAUGGCUUUUUGCUUGGACUUUCCUGGCCGUGUUGUCGAGAUUCCACGACGCUCCCCACGCAUGCCAGAGGUCUUGCGUAUUUCCCACGGAGCCUUGGGAUGCUGGUGUUGGAAUGCAAAAGCUGUGGCAGAGGUUAUUACAGAUACCGACCUGCUUCCAUUUGAAGAAGAUGAGUGUGGGCCGGGUGCAGCACUGACCAUUGGAGAUGAGGUUCGCAUCGACGUGGCAGUGGAGGAAGCCAAGCAACUUCAGGUGAACCACGGUGGAUGGAACGAUCGAAUGACACAGUGCUGUGGCCGAGUGGGCCGACUAGAAGCCAUCGACAAGGCUGGCGACAUGAAGGUUUUAGUGCCCGGAGCAGGAGCUUUUGUUUGGAAUCCCCGAGCUCUUCGUUCCCUUCAUGCGCAAAGGUGGGAGUCUGCUUUGUGCGAAAGACUGUCAGGGUCUAUAGAAGGAACGCUGCCUUUGGCUUUGCUGGCAGCUUUGUCAUGCCUAGGUUGUCGCCUGGAUUCAGAAGGUCUUCAGGCAGCCACAGCGGAGCUCAUUGCUGACGCUCAAAGCUCUCAGGAUGGAGGAUUUCAAGGUUGGACCGCGUUGGCGAUCUCGGCCCUCAUCGUUGACCCAGCGAUGGCAGCCGAGUCCCUCGAUGAGGCGCAAGGCCAGCCGGCUCCCUUGCGCAGUUUGAUUAGAUCGAAAAACCUGCAAGCUUUGGACAAGCUGCCUCCCAUGCGUGGUGUGUCCAAGGGGCGCAGUACCAAGGAGGUGACCACGGCGCUGCCCUUGACGGAGGCCACGUUGUCACAACUUCUCCAGGUGCAAGAUGUCCCAGAGCAGCUGAGGAUAAAUAUUGGCAAUACCUACGAUCUUCAUCAGGAUAUUACAGAUCCAAAGGUCGUCAUCAACACUCACCACGAGCACUGGCUGAAAGACCAUUACGAUGGCUCUCAGCAAUUUCAUUCACUCUUCUGGAGCCUAUGGCAUGACAUUGCUCUGCAUUUUCAAAGCCGAGACGGCCAUUUGAUAUUUGAAAUCCUCAAUGAACCUGAGCAUGCCUUUGGAUCCUGGGAAGGGGGUCAAUGGCCACAACCCUUUGAUCAGAUUGCCAUCGACCGUACUCGAACCAUCAAUGGUGUGGGCUACGACGCUGUGCGACGCGUCUCGCCGACACGGAUGAUCUUCGUCAGCCCCAAUGCCAUGGCAAGCAUAGGCACUGCAAGCUACGUAUAUCCAAAUGCUGUCAAUCUACCCGGUGGUGGAAAAGACGAAUGCCUUGGUGUUGAAGUUCACACCUAUGAUCCUUGGGAUUUCGCUGGAGACACUGGGAAGAACUCCUACUUCGGCACAGUGGAGCGCAUGAAGCUAGGCCUCUAUGAUGUUUGGAGAAAUCUCCACAUUUGGCAAUUCGCUCCACAGCUUAAGUUGUUUGGAAAUUAUGUUGGUGUUGGACUCGGGUGGUGUUGUAUGAUACUUUACUUCUAUGCGCGUGCAGAUAAGUUGCGUAUCCUGACACAUGUUCAAAAGGGAAUCCUCCCAAUCCAUGACCGACCCUGA